AUGUCGCUCCUUGAACAACUAAACGGCCGCCUCCUCUUCGCAGUCCCCAAAAAAGGCCGCCUUCAAGAAAAAGCCUUCGCCCUGCUCAAAGGCUCCGACAUCCAAUUCAACCGCCCCGACCGCAGCGACAUCGCCUUCAGCUCCAACACCCCCGUCGCCCUCGUCUUCCUCCCCGCAGCCGACAUCCCCGCAUUCGUCGGCCGCGGUAAUGGCGCCCUAGGAAUCACAGGCUCAGAUUGCAUCCAAGAGUACGAAGCCCGGGAACCUCCUACUUCCACGACGGGGGUCGAGCAUGUGCUAGAUUUGCGGUUCGGGGUGUGUAAGUUGCAGGUGCAGGUUCCCGAACAUGGGGAGAUCCAGACGCCUGAGCAGUUGGUGGGGAAGACGAUUGCGACGAGUUUUGAUGGGUUGUCGCGGAGGUACUUUCGGGAGUUGGAGGGGAAACAGGGUGCGACUAGUACUUUUACUAAUGGGGAGGGAGGGGGUGCGAAUGGGGAGGCCAAAUUGAAGACUAACAUUCUACAUUUGAGUGGGAGUGUGGAGGCCGCUUACUCGCUUGGCAUGGCGGACGCCGUCGUAGAUCUCGUUGAAUCCGGCCUAACCAUGCGUUCCGCCGGCCUAAAACCCAUCGCCACAGUCCUAACCAGCAGCGCCACGCUCAUAAAAUCCAAACACCCCUCGGACCCGGCCUGGGUCUCCAAAAUCACCGCCCGAAUCCAAGGCGUCAUCACAGCUCAACGCUACGUCCUCUGCUGCUACAACGUAGAGCGGACGAAACUGGAAAAGUGCUCCAAGAUUACGCCCGGGAAACGGGCGCCGACGGUGAAUAAUUUGGAAGAGGAAGGAUGGGUGGCUGUGCAGGCUAUGGUUGAGUCGGGGCAGGUGGCGACGGUGAUGGAUGAGUUGAGUUUGGCCGGGGCGCAUGAUAUUCUCAUUAUGAAGUUGGAGAAUACGCGGCAGUAG